AUGCGCUCUCUGCGCUCCCAGAUCCAAACCAGAAGUUCCUUAGGGACUGAAAUGGGCGCUGUGUGCUUCCUGUCCAAAGCAAGAUUUCCUCAAGGACCAGAAAAAACGCUUCGUGCUCUGCCAUCUAAACCACGAGUUCCCCAAGGACUGAAAUUUGCUCUCCGUGCUUUCCGAUCCAAACCAGGAGUUCCCCAAGGACCGGAAUGUGCACUCUCUGCGCAGGCGCGCCAGUAG